CACACCUCUCCUCUAUACCCAAAGCACCACUAUCAUAGCCGGAAAAUUCUCAUCGGAGAAUUUCGAAAAUGUCGUGGCAAACUUACGUCGACGAGCACCUUAUGUGCGAUAUUGAGGGCAAUCACCUCACCUCUGCCGCCAUCCUCGGCCUCGACGGAAGCGUCUGGGCUCAGAGCUCCGCCUUCCCCCAGUUAAACCCACAAGAAAUUUCUGCAAUCAUGAAGGAUUUUGAUGAACCUGGCUCUCUUGCUCCAACUGGGCUGCACCUUGGUGGAGCAAAAUAUAUGGUGAUUCAAGGCGAGCCAGGGGCUGUUAUUAGAGGAAAGAAGGGACCUGGUGGCAUUUGUAUUAAAAAGACUAGUCAGUGCUUACUCUUUGGGAUGUAUGAUGAGCCAAUGACUCCGGGCCAGUGCAACAUGGUUGUGGAAAGGCUGGGUGAUUAUUUGGUUGAUCAGGGCUAUUAGUCAUUUUGGUGGGUAUUGGUUUCUUGCAGAUGAUGGAUCACAGCCAAAGUAGUAGUAGUAGAUAUAAUUUCCCCUUGGAUCCAAAGUGUAUUUCCCUUGUGUUUUUUUCCCCUUUUGGAAGGGUGACUUGAUGAUUUCUUCUGAGAUAAUUAUUUUGAUUGUUUUUUUUUUCUUUUAAUUGAUGCUUUGAACUUGACUGCAUCAGUUCUUUAAUAUAUGAUUUUAUGUAA